AUGAUGAUGGGUGAAAAGUAUGACGGUCGUCGUGCUGACGUGUGGUCCUGUGGGGUAAUAUUGUACGCUCUGCUGGUUGGUGCUUUACCCUUUGAUGACGAUAAUUUACGUCAAUUACUCGAAAAGGUAAAACGAGGUAUUUUCCACGUACCGCACUUUGUUCCGCCAGACUGUCAACAGCUAUUGAGAGGGAUGAUAGAAGUGAACCCCGAGAAAAGAAUGACGUUGGCAGAAAUCACGCGACAUCCUUGGGUGACGGCCGGCGGCCGAGGCGAGUUAGAGCAGGAGUUACCGAUGAUGGAAGUCGUCCAGACCAGGGUGCUACCUUCGGCUGAAGCCAUCGACCCUGACGUACUCCAGGCGAUCUGCAGCUUAGGAUGCUUUAAACAGAGAGACAAGUUAAUACAGGAGCUUUUGAGUGCACACCACAACACGGAGAAGGUGAUAUACUUCCUGCUGCUGGAGCGCAAGCGGCGGCGGCCGGCGCGCGACGACGAGCCGCGCCCCGCCGCCCCCGCCGCGCCCCCCGCCACGCCCGCCGCGCUCGACCCGCCGCGCAAGAGGCUCGACACGUGCCGGGUAAACGGUCAGUCAGCUCACUUUGGACAGAUUAGUGAAGGAUCGCCAAUCACUCCAAGAAGAUCACAAUACAGGAUUGGUCGCAGCAGGUCUGCGUCGGGCCGCCGGGCGGAGGGCCGGAGUUCCCCGCAGUUGCCAGCGAGCCCUCCAGCUGGUCAUACUCCUCACCGGGUCUCGUCCUUGGGAGGCACUCCAGCAACGCCGGGAUCACCUUUAGCAUCUCCAUCUGUACGAGAACAUCAUCACCAGCGAGCCAACUCAACAGGACCCACAAUUAGUCUUAAUAUUAGUGGUGAGCCGGGUGAAGCGGUGAUAAUAAUAAAUGAAUCACCAGUGUUGGGGUCUUCAGUAGCAGUUCGUCCUCACAGCCCCUCGCAGACGCAUAGAGUAAGGGAACGAUCUUCACUGCCAGGACCGCCGAGCACCACGCAAUCGCCACAACCUUCGCUAUUCCCCAACCUAGGAACUAUUACAAGUGUAGCUCCAGGGUCUGGUGGAGGUGCGGCAGCCCCAUGGCGCGUAAGACUCGCCACCAUCAAGAACUCGUUCUUGGGUUCACCGCGGUUCCACAGGAGGAAAAUGCAGACGUCGUCGGAAGAAGUCCACUUAACGCCAGAAUCGUCUCCAGAACUCACAAAGCGUUCGUGGUUCGGAUCCCUUCUCCUGUCGGCGGACAAGGAGGAGACCUUCACGGCGCUGGUGAAGGGCAAACCGCUGGCGACGGUCAAGGCUGACCUUAUACAUGCUUUCUUAAGUAUAGCAGAGCUAUCGCAUAGCGUUCUAUCGCCGAUGUCGUUUCGUGUGGAGUACAAGCGAGGGUCCAACGCUCCUGUCAUGUUUCAGCGGCACGUCAGGUUUCAGGUUGAUAUUUCAACUAUAACCAAGGCGCCCGGUGAAAAUGGCAAGGAAUACUUAUACGCAAUCACAUUUACGUUAUUGUCUGGCAACAUCCGUCGGUUCCGGCGCGUGUGCGAGGUGGUGCAGGCGGCGGUGUGCCGCGCGCCGGGCGCCGGCCGCGCGGGCCCCCCUCCACCCGCCCUCGCCCCGCGCCGCGCGCAGGAACAUACACCCGCACGUCCAGAAACCCCUCAUCACCAAUCAGAUCUCGACAGUGACUCUUCAGUUUUCGACACCAUCAAGUCUCCCACCAGCCACACGUCUAUAGAUCAAUUAGACCAGAACGGCACACAUCCUCUCGGCUCCAGUUCUUCGGUGACCAGUGGCUCCAGCGGAUACAAAGUACCCACACAAAGCGUUCGUCCUCUGAGUGCCGAGACACCACCUCCUCUCCGCGCAGAGGACUGGACUCCCGCGACUCCUCCCUCAAAGAUGAGCUCCGUCGCAACAACUCCCUCCGCGACAAUCGCCGGGACCUAUUGCGGGAAAGGGAUACUGCCCUACCUGCGACGACUAUCGCGUGAGGUCUACGGUAGCGUGGUGGGCUCGUGCUGUGGUGGGGGGUAUAUGGUGAUGGAGUAG